CAUCACAAUAAGAACAGAGAAAAAGAAAUCAUUCCAACGUUCAAUGAACAGUGACUCAAAAUCGUGAUCGAUAAAUUCACAAAAUACUUUGGAAUAAUUUAUUCAUAAAUUUGAGAAAUCAUCAGGAAAUAAAAAUUCAUAUUCAUAGCAAUGAAUCAAUUCAGUAUUUGGAUAUUGUUUGCUGUUAUCAGUCUAACGACAAAGUCAUGCUUGGGACUUGCGGACUUAAAUAAACCGCCAAAAUAUUGUAUCAUGGAACGUGCUCAUCGAAUGGUUGGAUAUAAUUGCGCUAAACUUGAACUACGUGACGUUCCCAAAUAUUUGAAAUCAUCGACAGAGGUUUUAGAUUUGUCACAAAACAGAAUUCGAGAACUUACUCGCGAGUCGUUUGCUGCACUUGACGAUUUGAAAUUUUUGUACAUUUUUGAUAACAUGAUUAAUAGAAUUGAAGACGAUACAUUUGCGAUGCUAACAAAUCUUGAGGCUUUAGAUUUGUCUGGAAAUGGUUUGCUUGAUGUGCCGCCAGAAAUAUUCAAUUUACCUUUACUUAGAAAUCUUUACCUUGCUGACAAUUCCUUUGGCGAUCGUGGAUUCGAAACAUUGGAGAAAAUUCGCAAACCUAUCAUGGCACCACUCAAAGUUCUCAGCAUUGCCAACAAUCGAUUGUAUAAAAUUCCAGACUUUGGAAUACUUCCUGAACUUUACAAGUUAAACGUCUCAUCAAAUCCAAUGCGUGAUUUAGCACCACAACAGUUUUCUCCAUUCUGUAACAUCAAAGAAGUUGACUUGAACAACACGUCGAUGGCAAAAUGCCGAUGCGAAGAAGUCACAAGAUUUCUUUAUCAAAAACGCGAAGUUUAUCUGCUGUCAUCUUUCUAUUGCGAUGCUAUGUCAUCAGAAUGCAAAUUUGACGUUAAUGUAACAUUUGCUGAGACAAAAGACUAUCAAGAAUGUUUGAGUAUCAGACGAGAAGUGAUUGAACAUAAGAAAGCUCAACUUACUUGGGGAAUUAUCGCUGGUGGUGUUGUUGGAUUUCUUGUCUUCUUCAUCAGUUGUCUUUAUUGUCUUCAUCGAAGAAAUGUCCGUCAAAUGAAUAGAAAAUCAAAGAAGCUUAACAAUCAACAUAUGAAAGUUGCAAAGAAAGUUGAAGUUGCUGAAGCGGCUGAAGAAAAUAUUAACACAAGUCCAGAGAAAUUACUUAUUAAGCGAUCGGAAGUUUAGAUUAGGAACUGAUACUCAAAAUGAUGGUGGAAUUGAUGAUGAAAGAAUUAUUAGAAAAUUGACAUUUUUUCAAUGAUUUUUUGCAAUUUUUUAUUCAAAACCCUUAAAAUUUAUGAUGACGAAUUUUUAAAAUUCAAAAAUCUUUUGUUUUCCUCUAUCAGCCAAAGAAAUCUCGUAAAAAAACAUAAUGAAACAAAAACUAAUUUGCCAUUGAUGAAUAAAGAAAUUUAUUAAAAGUUUAAUUUUUUAAUCUUCUUUCAAAGCAUCUUCAGAUACGCGAGAAGUUUCAUCAUCCUUUAAAGAAAGUUUUCUAUUUUCAGUGCUAUUGCUGGAACGAUCAUCAUUAUCAUCGUGAACAUUUUGUUCAUCGUUUGAUGAAUGCAAUAAUUUCAUAAAUUGGUCAAAAUUUUGAUAACCUUUUUCCUCAUUUUCUUUUUCGAGU